AUGGCUGCAACUUUGCACGCCAAGAUCAACCGGAGAAAGCUCGAUAAGCUCAACAUCAUCAAGAUCUGUGAAGAGAUUUUGAAUCCAUCAGUUCCUAUGGCUCUCAGGCUCUCCGGGAUUCUCAUGGGUGGGGUUGUGAUUGUCUACGAGCGAAAAGUCAAGCUCCUCUACGAUGAUGUUUCCCGUUUUCUGGUUGAAAUAAACGAAGCAUGGAAGGUGAAAGCUGCCCCAGAUCCCACUGUCCUCCCCAAAGGAAAAUCUCAUGCCAAGAAAGAAGCUGUGACGCUGCCUGAGAACCAAGAGACAGAUGUUGGAGACAUUGAGAAUUCCUUUCAUUUUUCCAACACUACUGCCACCAUGGGCUUCCAACAAACCGCCUAUUUUGCCAUGCGACUAGAUAGUGUAGAUGAACCUUAUGUUAAUGAUAAUGCUGGGGUGGAAGAUCAAUACCACAAAUUGCAUCAAGCUACUGCCGACAAUAUCACCUUAUUUGAACGUUUUGAUUCAUACCAAGCCAAUGCAGAUCAGUACAAUCGCUUUGAAAGAUUUGAUAUUGAAGGGGAUGAGGAGACUCAGCUGAACUUCACUUCAGGAGAGUAUACACAAAUCCCAACUACGCUUAUACCCUCCCCACCUCUACAAGAUGAGCCUCAAAGAGCUGAUGAAUUUCAAUCCCAACAUCCAUAUCACCAGGUCAAUCAAAAAUCUGAUGGAUGCAAGGAAGCUAGACAGGAUCAAGAGAGGUCGAGGCCAAUAAAAAGGAAAACACGAAGACCAGCAGCCUCUAUCAUGGAUUAUGAGCAAACCAUGAUUCCUGGUCAAGUAUACCAGUCUUGGCUUCAAAAUGCUUCAGAUAUAGCCUCAAGAAGGGGAAGAAAGAGAAAGCACACAGAGAUCAUGUCUACCAUGAAGAUAGUUAACCUCAUGGACCUGCCACCUAUUGUACUAAUAGGUGAUCUAUUUGUAAAUGGAAGUAGAGUAGUCUAUUAUCCACCACCUCUUUUGGAGCUAUGGAUGAAAAGCAUCCAACCUCCGCAUGACUCACCUUCUGAAAAGGCCUCUCCACCCCUGCCCCCAGAACCAUCAUUGUCGUCACCGACAGAGAGAGUACAUUACCCUGACCCAAUGGGAUUUCCUUUUGAAGAAUUUCAUAGCGGAGUCGGCUCCCAGUCACUGGGAGUUUCAAUAGAGAAGCAACGGACAAAUGUUGUCAACAAUGGCAUUCCAACUGAAAUCCUAAUGGACGAACUAAGAGCCAACCUUAUGAACAAUGGUAUGAGGGUAGCUGAGGCGAAUCUGUUGGUUACACCUGGAAAUUCUGAUGAUGUAAGAUCCAUCCCUAGCUCAGCAUCUGGACAAGGUGUGUUCUCACAUAAUUCAGAAGUCAAUUCCGGAAGGAAAAGGCCCCAUUCUUCCUCUAGACACAGCAGUGGUGGCCUUGAACCAGUAGCUGAGGAGCAUACAUGGAAGCACCCUGAUCCAAAAUUUAAGUUAGCAAGGCUGUCUGAAAAAGGCCUCACACCUGAUCAAGAACUAUUAGUGGAAACUGGAGUCACACAAACCCAACACGAAAAAAUCAACCAUCCCGUUGACCAGAUUACUGAUUCUAUUCGAAUGCAGAUGAAAGCGCAUUUUGACACACCUGGAGCCCCUCAAAUAGAAUCCCUGAACAACCUAGCAGCUGGAAUGAAUAGAAAAGGAUCAGCCCUGCUCUUUUAUCAGACUUGUGUUCUGGCUUCUCGCGAUAUGCUAAGAGUUGAACAAACGGUGCCUUAUGGGGACAUUCUCAUCUCAAGAGGAGCAAAGAUGUGACAUAUCUAAUUAUGUAGCACUAACAAACACUGGAAUUGAAGCACUUUGUGUAGAUCAAAGAAGUAGUAAAGGUAGGUUAAAGGAAGGGGGGUCACCCCUGUUUCUAUAUGGUUUAUAUAUACACCUUCGUGAUUUAUGGGUCAGUUUGAAUUUUAGUACUAUCAUCUUUCUUGCACUGUAACCUUGACACUGAUCGCUGUUCUUCCCAACAGUUUAUUUGUAGUACUGAAUGUUAUUGGGUAAUCAGAGAUUUCUUAUUCCUACUU